AUGCAGCAGGACAUCGAUCUGAUUCGCAGCCAUGUAAUUGAGAUGGGCAAAUUGGUUGAGAAAGCGUUAGAGACCUGUCUGGGUGCGAUUGAGCAUAAUGAUCGGCAGUUGGCUUAUGUUGUUAUUUUAAGAGACCGGCAUAUUGAUGAGUUAGAGGAGACCCUAGAAUCGCUUUGCCAGAGGUUCCUGAUUAAGCACCUGCCCGUCGCGAGUCAAAUGCGUUUUGUUUACUCGGUCAUCAAAAUCAACACCGAAUUGGAGCGUGUUGGUGAUUAUGCGAAAGCGAUGGCUCGGCGAUUUUUGAGUGUCAGCGACUUGGGUGCACAUGCCUUCCAUCCUAAGCUCAUCGAGAUUGCCAACCUUGCAAUUCCGUUCCUCCGUAACGCUUUGCAAGCCUUCGCUGAAGGCGAUGCUGAAUUGGCAAAGGCAACGAGGGAAAAGGAAAAAGAACGGGCGAUAGACAACCUGCGCUACGAAAUUCAUCGUGAUUUAAUCCAAUUACAUAUCAAUGGCGAAUUGCCAUCAGAGGCACUGGUGCCACUGGUAACGAUUGUCAGUUGCUUGGAGCGUGUAGCGAAUCAGGCGAGCAAUAUUUGCGAGGAAGUCUUGUAUAUGUGUACCGGUGAAGAUCUAAGACAUGACUACCCGCACGUGUUGCGCGUGCUUUUCGUUGCCGAGCACGAUGCGUGCCGGGGACAGAUAGCGGUCGGCAUCAGCAAUGCACUCGAAUCGCAUAGGAUACUGUUCAGUAGUGCCGGCGUGGCAUCCCAGCCGCUGGAUCCAAAAACCGUGCAAUUCAUGACAGAAAAAGGCAUUGAUAUUUCUGGUCAAACCUCCAAAUAUUUAAGCCAAAUCUUAGAUCUCAAAGAUUACGCAAUCAUUGUAUCGCUCUGUGAGGAAGCGGAAAGAGCACUUCCAUCGUUGCCAUCGAGACCUGUUCGUAUUAGUUGGAAAGUGCCAGAUCCAUCAAAACUUGAAGGAACUGAAGCGGAAGUUCAAGCUGCAUACCAAAAAACAUUUCAAUUUUUAGAAACACACAUCCGAGAAUUGAGUCAAGCAAUUCUCGGUAAUGACGUUGAGAAGGAGAAGGAAAACUGA